AUUCCCCAAAUAUAAUUUCCCAAUUUCAAAACUCGGCCGAGAAGAAGAAUUGAAAUUCAAAAUGGCUCCAAUUUCAAAAAAGGAACCAUCUUCCCCUCAAUCCGCCCUUCUUCUCGGUCGUUACGAAAUGGGAAAACUUCUCGGCCAUGGAAGCUUCGCCAAAGUCUAUCUCGCCCGUAAUAUCAAAACCAACGAAAGCGUCGCCAUUAAAGUAAUCGAUAAAGAGAUGAUUUUGAAAGGCGGGUUCAUGGGUCAUAUCAAACGCGAGAUCGCGAUCCUCCGUCGCGUCAGACAUCCAAACAUCGUUAAGCUUUUCGAAGUUAUGGCUACGAAAUCGAAGAUCUAUUUCGUAAUGGAAUACGUUCGCGGCGGCGAACUUUUCGAUAAAGUCGCGAAAGGGCGAUUGAAAGAAGAAAUCGCUCGUAAAUAUUUCCAACAACUCAUUUCCGCCGUUUCGUUUUGCCACGCCAGGGGAGUAUUCCAUCGCGAUAUCAAACCGGAGAAUCUUCUUCUCGAUGAAAAUGGUGAUCUUAAAGUGUCUGAUUUUGGUCUCAGCGCUGUUUCAGAUCAGAUUCGACAAGAUGGUCUUUUUCAUACAUUCUGUGGAACGCCGGCGUAUGUCGCGCCGGAAGUUCUCGCCCGGAGAGGAUACGAUGCUGCUAAAGUCGAUAUCUGGUCAUGUGGGGUUGUCUUGUUUGUAUUAAUGGCUGGUUAUUUACCUUUUCAUGAUCAAAACGUAAUGGCAAUGUACAAGAAAAUCUACAAUGGAGAAUUCCGUUGCCCAAAAUGGUUCUCACCUGAAUUAACCCGUUUACUAUCUCGAUUACUUGAUACAAACCCUGAAACAAGAAUCACAAUCCCUGAGAUUAUGAAAAACAGAUGGUUUAGAAAAGGGUAUAAGCAAUUGAAAUUCUACAUAGAAGAUGAUAAAAUGUGCUGCGUUUCCGACAUAGAAUCUGAUCAAUCACUGUCGGAAUCUGAUUCCGAGAUUGAGAUUGAUAAAAGAUGUUUGCCGAGAGCUGUGAGCUUGAAUGCAUUCGAUUUAAUAUCGUUCUCUAAAGGGUUUGAUCUAUCUGGGUUAUUUGAAGAAGGUGGGGAUGAAGAAGGAAGUAGGUUUUUAACAGGUGCACCAGUUGGUAAGAUUAUAAUGAAAUUGGAAGAGAUGGCUAAAGUUGUGAGCUUUACUGUGAGGAAGAAAGAAUGCAGGGUGAGUUUGGAAGGGUCUAGGAAUGGAGUGAAAGGACCGUUGACAAUAGGGUUUGAGAUAUUUGAAUUGACUGUUAAUUUGAGAGUGGUGGAGGUGAAGAAAAAAGGUGGGGAUAGAAUUGAAUUUGAAGAGUUUUGUAAUAAGGAAUUGAAACCAGUUUUGAAGACACUUGUUGAAGAAGAAGAUCAUAAUCAACAUGUUUCUUCUUUACAUUCUUCAUUUACUACUGCUUCAUCAAAUUCGUUUUUAGAUUGUUCUAGUUCUUCAACUUCUUCUUCUUUAUCUUUACCUUUGCCUAUAGAUAUUGAAUAG